AAUCAUUUUCGAAUUGUCGACCGGUUUGGACCUAAACCGAAUGAAACCACCAAAAAAAAAGUUCGAAUCGUUUCCAUUCUGUUUGGGGUUAUUGAAGAGACAAAUUCGGGAUCACAGAGAGAAGAUGGAAUCUGUUCUGCUCCCAACGCUAACAAAGAAGGAAGAGAUCGAUCGGAUCAUCAACAACACGAUCGAUAAAGUGCUCGUCCUACGAUUCGGCCGUACCUCCGACGAAAACUGUCUUCUUCUCGAUGACAUUCUCGAGAAAUCGGCGAGAGAUGUAUCGAAAUUCGCUACGGUAGCUUUGGUGGACGUUGAUUCGGAUCAAGUUCAAGUUUACGUCAACUACUUCGACAUCACUCUGUUCCCUUCCACUGUCUUCUUCUUCAACGCUCAUCACAUGAAACUUGAUUCUGGAACUGCUGAUCAUACCAAGUGGGUCGGUAAAUUCCACGAGAAACAAGACUUUAUUGAUGUCGUUGAGGUAAUAUUCAGAGGAGCUAUGAAAGGGAAGAUGAUUGUUCACUGUCCGCUUCCUCCAGAGAGAAUACCAAAGUUCCAACUUUUAUACAAAGAUGUGUAGACUAGACAAAACUGAGUUUAUUGUUCUUUACUUGCAAACUCUGUUUCUCAUCCCCUUAUGUUGGAAUAAUAACAUUUACACAACUUUUAUA